AAAAACGGACAACAUGUAUUCUGACUGCAUACCGACAUCUUUGCAGGUCGCCAAGCAUUUGGGCUGGUCGAAGGUUGGGGCAGGGGAAACCUCCUUCUAUUUCUUUAGUUUCAUCCCCUUCAUCUAAUGAAGGGACGCUUAGAGUUCCUGGAGGAGGGGAGGCUGAGGCAGCUCGGGGGCUCGAGACUUUUUACCCAGCAGUGGAAAGCUGCAGCACCUGGGUGGUAGCACCCAUGGUUACCUUGGGCGUGACUGUUUACUUGAAAGUUAUUGGAGCAAGGUUCUAUGACGACCCCUUGUAUCCGGGCAGUGUGACAUCAGCAAGGGACUUGUAUGGGCACGGAAUGCACACUGCAUCGAUUGCGGCGGGUAUGCCCGUCAGUGGGGCAUCGUACUAUGGAUUGGCCAAAGGGACUGCAAUUGGGGGCUCCCCGAAUUCAAGAAUUGCAAUGUAUUGUAUAAUUGCAAUGUAUUGUAUUUCUGGAGCUGAAUAUACUACAAUAUCUGCAUUCCUCAAAGCAAUGGACGAUGCAAUUCAUGACGGGGUCGAUGUGAUAUCAAUUUCAAUGCACUAUCCAGAAAAAGUUGAUUUUCUUGCGAAUCCAAUCUUUAUUGGAGCCUUCCAUGCUACAGCUCAAGGGAUCACCGUUGUGUGCUCCGCAGGGAACGGAGGCCCUUAUUCUGCGACUCUUACUAAUUAUGCCCCUUGGAUCCUAACUGUUGGAGCCACCACUAUUGACCGUGACUUGGAGGUUGAUAUUUCUUUGGAUGAGAAAACAGUCAUUAAGGGUGGAGGCAUCAACUUUUCUCGUCUCAAUAAAUCUUAUCCAUUAAUUGACGCAGUACGUGCAGCCACCAACCCACGGGAUCCAUACAAUGCUAGCCAUUGUUUCCCAGGUUCAUUAGAUCCAAAGAAAGUGAAGGGAAACCUAUUUUUAUGCGAAAACGAUGAUAACAACUAUGGACCAACAGAAAAGUUCGAGUCACUCAAGAAAUUAGGAGGAAUUGGUAUGAUAGGAAUCACAUAUCCACCAUUGGAUGACCACACGAAGAUAAGUGGCAUGGAUCCGCCUGGCUUCGUUACUUUAUCGGGCACAUCCAUGUCGUGCCCUCAUGCUUCAGGACUCGCUGCACUUAUCAAAUCUCAACAUCCCAGAUGGAGUUCCUCUGCGAUCAGAUCAGCCAUAAUGACAACAGCAACAUAUAGAAACAAUUUACAAUCCCCAAUUACAACGGAAAAUGGAUCGAUAGCCAACCCUUACGACAUUGGGUCAGGGGAAAUAAGUCUCACGGCUUCACUGCAACCAGGGCUCGUGUACGAGACAGAAACCACCGACUAUAUCCAAUUCCUGUGCAACAUGGGCUACAACACAUCUACAAUUAAACACAUGGCGUCGAGUUAUAUUCCACACAACUUUUCUUGCCCUUGUGACUCGCAUCCUGAUUUUAUUUCUGAUAUGAACUAUCCUUCAAUAGCUAUUUCGGGCUUGGAAGCAGAUAAAACAAAGACGGUGAAAAGAAACGUGACUAAUGUUGGAGAACGAUACUCGACCUACGAGGUAUUCGUCGAGGCUCCAGCUGGUUUGGAAGUUCAAGUGGUGCCAAGCAAACUACAGUUUACAGAACAUGUUAACAAACUAAGCUUUCAGAGUCGCUCUUUUGACAGAGUCACCGUGAAGAGCUCCGCCGGCAACCCCACCCCAUCGCCCGCCGUGAAAAUACGGUCGUCCCGUCACAGAAUCGCCGCUCCCAGCCCUUGGCUACCGCCCCUCGCCUCCGACAGGCACCUCACCACCGGCGCUACACACAGUGACUCCCUCAGCCGCCGCCCAGUCCCGCCGACCGCCUUGCCAUUGCCGAGACUCUGCGCACACACACACACGCAGCGCCGCACAGACCACGGCCACUGCUCGUCCCCUCCGUCAGGCACCACACACCAGCGCACCACUUAG